AAUCAAAAUUUCCUUGUAUUCAUAUCUUUCGGCAGUUGAACUGAGUGAACAUACAUUUUGCAACAUGAUUAAGAUGUUCUGAUUCAAUCUUUAUGGAAGAUAAAAAUAAAACGAAGGAAACUCCUUCAGAAAGCGAAAAAGCGGAUGACAACGCCGCCGAUUUAAGCGACGAACGCACUUCUAUUGCAAAUGCAUCGCUGAACGCUGAAUCUAAUUCAAGCAGCAGUAGCAGCAGUAGCAGUAGCAGUAGCAGAAGUAGCAGCGAAGAAAUUGUUUAUCCGGGAGAGGGAUCUGAUGAUUCCUGGGAUAAUGAACACAAUGAAAACGGAAGUAAUGAUGGACAAAACAAUUCAAGGCAUUGUGAUAGUGAAGCAAAACUUGAAAAAGCCACCAAUAGUAAAGAAGGCGAUCUAAAUGCUAAUGGUGGUGGAACAAAGCGUAAAAGAGAUAGUGACGGUGAAGCGAAACAUCAAAAAGUUCACGAUGGUGAACAAAACAGUAAAGACGCUGGUGAUGAUGAAGAAAAAUACUCGCAGCAACGGUGGAACAAAGGCGUAAAAGGCUAUGAUUGUGGAGAAAAGCUUGAAGAGUUUAGUGGAUGGAGAAGAUAA